AUGAACCCAGAUAGACCGACUGAAGGCUUGAAAGGAGUUGCCAAGCCUAGGACAAAAGCAACCAUCAAACGGCUUCAGAUGUACAGAAACUUUAAGGCGAAGAGAGAUAAAACUGGUAAAAUUUUGACCCCAGCUCCAUUCCAAGGUUGGUUACCAUCAGGUACUCAAGCUCGUGUGGAACCUAGCCAGAAGUGGUUUGGCAACUCACGAGUGAUAUCACAGAGCGCAUUACAAAAGUUUCAAGAUGAAUUUGGAGCUGCUGUCAAGAACCCAUAUCAAGUUAUUAUGAAACCCACAAACCUUCCAAUAACAUUGCUCAAUGAAAAAGCAAAAAAUACAAGAGUACAUUUGUUGGACACGGAAGGAUUCGACAAAACAUUUGGUCCAAAGAAACAAAGAAAGAGAGUUAAUUUGAAAUUUAGUGAUCUAAAUAGUUUAUCAAAGGCUGUAGAAGAAAGCACAGAGAAUUAUGAUGAAACAAAAGAUAUUGACAGAGUUCGUGAAGACACAGGAGUUAAAGAAGGACAAAGAGAUUGGGUGUUUGGAGCUGGAAUGAGUAAAAGAAUUUGGAAUGAAUUGUAUAAAGUAAUAGAUUCUUCUGAUGUUCUAUUACAAGUCCUGGAUGCCAGAGACCCUAUGGGCACUCGGUGUCCUUAUGUUGAGAAGUUCCUAAGGGAAGAAAAAAAACACAAACAUCUUAUAUUUAUUUUGAACAAAGUAGACUUAGUACCAAACUGGGUGACACAGCGUUGGGUGGCUAUCCUCAGUGCCGAAUACCCUACUAUAGCUUUCCAUGCAUCGAUGACACAUCCCUUUGGGAAAGGCUCUCUUAUAAACUUAUUGAGGCAAUUCGCUAAAUUACAUAUUGACAAGAAACAAAUUAGUGUUGGUUUGAUUGGAUAUCCUAAUGUGGGGAAGUCAUCGGUUAUUAAUACACUCAGAGCUAAGAAAGUGUGCAAAGUUGCACCUAUAGCUGGUGAGACUAAAGUAUGGCAGUACAUCACAUUAAUGAGGAGAAUAUUUUUGAUUGAUUGUCCUGGUGUUGUCUAUCCUUCAGCUGAAACAGACACUGAGAAAGUACUGAAAGGAGUUGUAAGAGUUGAAUUAGUACAAAAUCCAGAAGAUUACAUAGAGGAGGUUAUCAAGAGAGUCAGGAAAGAGUAUUUAGUGAAAACAUACAAAGUAGAUGCAUGGGAUACUGCAACUGAAUUCUUAGAGAAGCUUGCUGCUCGUACUGGGAAGUUAUUGAAAAAAGGUGAACCUGAUGUCAGUCAGGUAGCAAGAAUGGUUCUAAAUGAUUGGCAAAGAGGAAAACUACCAUUCUAUGUGGCUCCAGAAGGUUUUGAAGUUCCACUAUCAAAACAAGAAAAUAAUGAAAAAACAGAAGAAGUUACAGCAAACACUGAAGAAAAGAAAACAGAUGCUGUUGAAGAGGAAAAACAGGAUGCAGAAAAAGAAAAUGAAGACACUGCUGAUAAACCAAUUUAUAUCAAUAAAUUAAUUGUUGCACAAGAUUUUGCAAAGAUCAGAGUUGGACUACAAUUUGAUAAUGAUGAUGAUGUGAAGCCACUAGAAAAGUUUGAUAUACCUGAAGAACUUCAAGGAAUUGAUGAUGACAAUGCAGAGAAUGAUGAAUCUAAAAGUGUCAUUGAAGGCAAUGAAAAGAUUGACAAUGAGGACCCUGAUUCAUCAGACAUUAGUGACUUUUAUAGUGAAGAUGAGAAUAAUUGUAGUGAUUUGGAAGAUCACUUAACUAAUGAUCCAGAGACUGUGAAGGAGAUGAAACGUAAGAAACUUGAAGCUGCUAGUGGUCAGUUCACAGUAGAGGAAAUACCAAGUGGAAAGAAAAAUAAGGCAGGAGUUAAAGACGGUAGAGUUAAGAAAAUGACUGCUAAGGCCAGGAGAGCUUUGGAGAGGGCCCAGAAACGAACUAAAACAGGAAGCAACUUCUAUGAAGUAUCUAAUGUUAAGAACAGAAAUAGAGCAAAGAAACCUCGUGUCUGA